AUCACAUAUUUGAGAAAGUAAAUCCUGAGAUGGAAAAGCUGGGAUAUGAGUGCAAGUGCCUUGGAGGAGGGAAAAUUGAUCAUAAUAGCAAAGACAAGAAAAUUAGGGUAUUUGGGCUCUCUACAGGCUAUGGAAAAGCAGAUCACUCGGUGACUGUAGAGAUACUGAAAAAAGUGUACACAGAUUAUGAAAUUACAUGGUCAGAUGACAAGAAAUAA